UAUUCCGACUACUGAUGUCUAUAAGUGUGACGCCAACUUCAAUAACACUUGCCUCAAUUGAUCGGUUACUGGUUAUUGCGGCUGAAAACUUUGAUCCUCAAAGAGCGAAUUUCUCAUUUGACGAGGAAUUUUUGGAUCGAAUAUUUGUGGCUCCUCAUUCGAUUGAGAUUAGCAUUUUCAAUCGUCACGUCUUUCGUACUCUUCUUGAGAGCAUCGUGACGUCAAAUACACUUCUUUCUGGUUGUUUAUUUGUAUCGCACUCAACUGCAUUGACUGGUACUGAUAUAACUUAUAAUCAACCUUCAGCUGAUUCUCAGAAGCAAUCAGCAUCUUCCUCACUUUCAUCGCACACACUACAUCUUAAAAGCGACUUCUGCGUGUACGUAAUUAGACAGCAAUUAAAAAACUGCAUCAGGGAUCCUACUACAACUUCAGUCCAACCCUUUUAUCGCUUUGUUGAAGUGUUGGAGGAAAAAUUAGUAGAAAUCCGAUAUAGUGAGCUUGAACGUUUUCUUGAAAUUCUUCUCGGUUCGGUGCUGUCAUUUGAUCUUUUUAUUCAAGUAUUAAUUGGUAUUAUUCUUUUCUCGUCUUCGCUUGUUCCACAAGUUGUUAAAGGACUUGGACAGUACCUUCAUUCCGUAUUUGCAGCGAUAUUUGAAAUAUCAAACAAAGAUAAUUUGCCAGCUUGUAAUCUUGUAACAUCAGCCGAAUUCACUCACCAGUUGUUUAGUUGUCUUCUUUCAACUCAAGUUAUUGAAAGUAUUGGAGUUAAUCGACAAUCCAUUAUCAGUUUUCUAAAGUUCUUCGAGCAAAGGCUUGCAUCACUUGAUAUAUUAUUGUCAAAAUCGUUCUCACCACUCCAACGUAUUUUAACUCUUGCGGCUGAGAAGAAUUCUAAACUUUCGACAUCGUUGUUGGGAAGUGAUCAUCUUUCCCCCUGUGAUUUCAUUGAUCUGGAAGACAAAGAUCUCGAUAAAAUAAUGGAUAGCUUGUCUUUUCAAAACCCCAGUUUAUUGGCACAGCAAAUUCAAGAAAUGGGCACGGCAUUUACAUCAAGUGUUAAAUCAUGUCGACAACACUUGCUAUCUUUUAAUUCUGGAGAUACUUCAAGUUUAAAUGCUGUCAAUGUUUCGCGAGUUAUUGUGAUGAUGGUAAACACGUGUUCUGGCUCUGCUGUACAGCAGUCAAUGCAGUCGAGUGCUUUGUGGGAUCAUCGUUCUGGAAGUGUUCCUGUUGUUGGGACAGCUUCAUCAGCGGAAAAUUUGUCAGCAACCAGUGGCCUUUCUGAAAAUUCUCUGAAUGCAACUGUAAAUUCAGCAUCACAAUCUACACAACAAAUUAAUUGGAAUGGCAAGAAUUUCGCUAACGCCAUUCGUGAAUUGAUGCCAAAUCUAAAUUGGUCGGAAGUAGUUAUGCAUCUUGAUCAGACAAAUUUCAUUGUAAGAACGAAGACUCAGUUGCAGUUGUUAACUACAAUAUUGUUUGAGGGGCUUGGUUCGAAUGCUUUCCCUAUUGGUUUGCUGUAUCGGGAAUGGAAUUUUCACAAGUACGGUCAGCUUUCGUGGAUCGAACAAAUUUUGCAAAAUCCAGAUGUAUUUUGCUUUACUGAUUAUCCUCAUAAAUUGGUCAAUUUAACGUCACUGAAGGUGCAGCCUGAAGAAACUCGUGAACUAAAUAACUGGCGUUGUUUAGAGUUAGUGGAUACUUUGCUACGAUUAGGUGAAGCGAGAAAAUUAGUUAAUAGCGUAAUGAAUAUUCUUCAUAAACCAAUAAAUUCUUGUCCAGAUGUUCUGCUCUUAUCUCUGUUGCAGAUACAGGUAAUAAAUAUAUUGAAAUCUGAAAUUCAAGACGUUAAAUAUUUUGCAGUUACAUUCAAUCUGCCGUCAUCAAGUUUUCGUAUUCAUCUCAUGCAAUUGCUAGUACCUGCGUUGAUUGGUAAUCAUCCAAAUGCUAUCCCCGUGUUGAAUGUAGCUUGGAAUUGUGAAGAUAAAGCCCAACUUCGACCUUCAAUUUUAAAUUCGCUAUGUACUUAUUACAUGAAAAAUCCAGAUGAUCAGACAAAGUUAUCUCGAAUUUUGGAAGUAGCUCAUGAACUUAAGCCGGAUGGCUUGGCUGAAUUGUUCAACGUACCGCAAUUUCCUUUCACAAUUGAUUUGGCGUGUUUGGCAUCAAGAAGAGAUUUUUUAAAAUUGGAUAAGUGGAUUGACGAUAAAUUGGCAACAUAUGGGGAUUCCUUUGCCUCACAAAUAAUAUGUUACAUUCGUCGCCGCAUACCCGCGAGCAUGGUGAAUAGCAAUAUUUUGCCUCAAGAAACUAUGAGAGUAUUGCUGAAUGCACUUUCGCGAACAAGUUGUAUGUCUAAUGCUACACUUAAUGAUUUAUCUACGCUGUGCUACCAAAUUCCUGCGAUGAAAAAUGGUGAAGGACGAUUGUCAGCUGUAUCAAGUUCAAGAACACAAAUAAAUAUGUCUGGUGCUCCACAUUCAUUGACAUCGAACAUGUUCAGCAGUAAUUUAGGUGCACCCUCAGUACCGACACAGCAAACGUCUAACAAUUUCGGUAGUUUUCCUUUUGGGACUACUGGAUUUGGUGCUGCUAAUACCAGAGAUGUUAUCGCAGCAGCUCAGCAGUUGCAAAACCGACAGCAACAGCAAAGUAACAUACCGGGAUCAGUGCAAGUUUUUGGAAGUCCUGCUGGUGCAAGUAUGGGAAUGCCAGGAUCUGCGACAGCGCCAUUUCCGCAAACAAAUGAUUUACUCAAGGCUGCAAAUGCGUCCAAUAUUUUGCAACCUAAUUUUGGUGGAAGUCAUGCAUUGUCGAUGUCUCCUUCCGCACAGAUGAUGAGAACUGGUUUUGUUGGUAGUGGAAUAACCACAACGCAAGCGCGACCCGGAACAGGUGGACCUGGUUGGAGUAUGCCAGCGGGGAUACCAGGAACAGGUGGUUUGCGAACAACACCGGGACCUACAAGUGUACCGGCAUCUGCUCUUGAUUUUCGUGUACCGCCUGGUGCUCCUAAUUCUACUGGUGGACCUAUGUUGAAUGGAAGCAAUUCAUUUCCUCAUAACGCUACUGGACAACAGCAGCAACCAAAUGGCAGUUCACAGAACCGUAUUACCAUACCUCCAUCGGUGAUAGAUGAUCUUACAUCAGUCCAGUUUAGCGAAGAAAUUCAGAAUGAAGCAAAUAUGUACUUUCAGCAAAUUUAUUCUCAGCAUAUGCAAAUGCCGGUCGCAGAUUUCGUUGAGCGGUUGAAGCAGUUCAAAGCAUCCAAUGUGCAGAGGGAUAAGGAUAUUCUGGCAUGUGUGGUGAAAAAUUUGUUUGAAGAAUACCGUUUUUUCCACGAAUAUCCGGAAAGAGAAUUACGAACUACAGCAGAGGUCUAUGGUAGUAUUAUUCGCGAAGGUGUUAUAUCGAAUUUACAAUUUGCAACUGCAGUGCGGAAAGUUAUUGAAUCAUUUCAAGCAGAACCAGGUAGUAUGCUCUGGACUUUUGGAAUUGUAGCACUUAAUGCUUGCCGAACAAAACUAAGUUUAUAUCCAAAAGUGUGUGUCAUGAUUGCUAAUCAAAGGAAUUUCCAGCAUUUCCCACAAAAUCUCAAGGAUUACGUAACCAGCGGUAUCCAGGGACAACAACCACAUGCUCCUGGUCGUGAAACACCGAACUGGCAACCUCAGCAACGAUCAGCAUCAGAAAUAAGCAGAGCUUUAGCAGCACGUUCAGGUUCAUCAGUGCUCUCUGUUACCAGUGUUGACACUUUGGUGAAUGCAACUGAAAAAGAAGGCAAUCAAAUAAAGCAGCCUUCCGAAACUGUGAUGGAAAAAGUUGCAUUUUUGUUCAAUAAUUUAAGUCAAAUCAAUCUACCAAAAAAAGUUGAAGAAAUAAAAGUAAUGAUCGAUGAUUCGGAUGAUGAUUUCCUCCGUUGGUUGGCACAAUAUCUGGUGAUGAAACGUGUCAGCAUCGAACAGAAUUUUCAACCUCUAUACAAUCUUUUUCUUUUAGCUGUUGAUAACAAGAAAUUAGAAGGAUAUGUGAAACUAGAAACGUUUAGAAACAUUAAGAUUCUUUUACGAAGUGACAAACGACAAGCAGCAACUAAUUUUGGUGACAGACAGUUGCUGAAAAAUCUCGGGUUAUGGUUGGGAGCCAUCACAAUUGCUCGCGACUACCCUAUAGUAACUUCGGAUUUGGACAUGAAAUCUCUGCUUAUGGAAGCUUAUUAUAAAGGGCAACAAGAACUCCUCUUUGUCGUGCCUUUCAUAGCUAAAAUUCUUGUUUCCUGUUGUAAAAGUCAAAUUUUUGGUCCAAACUGUGCAUGGAUGAAAGCUAUUUUGAAAAUUCUGGCAGAACUGCAUAAUCAGCCUGAUCUGAAGUUAAAUUUAAAGUUCGAAAUAGAAGUUCUCUGUAAGGAACUGGGUGUCGAUCUAAAUAAACUCACUGUGGAAGACGUGCUAAAAGAUACCGAACGUCUUAUAAAACUUCCACAACAGUUGGGUGACUUAAAAAUGUUAAAGCAACCGGAAUUGCAAAUGGCUGGAUCACCUGUUCCAGCAUUGCGUGCUAAUUCAGAGACUUCUGCUGAAAUUACUGUGGCAGGCACUCAGUCACCAAGUAAUGCACAACUGCAAGCACCAGCUCAUUUUCAUUACCAUGAUAUAAAUGUCGUCUCUUUUGAUGGCCUUACUCCGCAUUUGAAGCUUUCAGCUUCAUUACCCUUAUUUCAAUUCAAUCCACAAUUAAAACAUGUUGUUCGACCGGCAAUUAGUCAUGCAAUUAAAGAAUUAAUUGGGCCAGUUACUGAACGAGCAGUUCGUAUUGCUAUGCAUGUUACAGAACAUAUUUGUAAAAAGGAUUUCGCUCUGGAAUCAGAUGAACAACGAAUGCGUCGUGCUUCUCAGCACAUGAUUCGGGCAAUGACAGCGGGAAUGGCAUCUAUAACUUGUAGAGAACCACUUUCUUCCACAAUCUUGGGUUUUCUUAAAACAGCAUUUACAAAUUCUUUGCGGUGCAAUAUCACACCUGAUCAACAAAAAUUGAUCGAUGAAGCAGCAACUACAAUUGCCGAGGAUAACGUGGAGCUGGCAACAAAUUUUAUCGUCAAAACAGCAUGUGAAAAAGCCACACCAGAAAUGGAUAAACGUUUUGAAUCUGAAUUUGCAACUCGCAAACAGUAUCGUCUGGAAGGUCGUCAGUAUGCUGAUCCGGUUGCUCUUGCUCGCGCUCAGCAAAUGCCAGAAAAAAUAGGGCUUCGAAUCGGAUCUAUCACGAAUCAGCAGAUGACAGUUUAUGAUGAAUUUUCGAGUCGGAUUUGUGGCUUUAAACCUACGACUGCUGAAGAUAUGAUAGUCGAUUUCAGUGUCAUAAAAUCGUCAACUCCAACUGCUAUGCAGCCAAUGAUACAGCAGCCUGGUAUGGAUAAAGAAGUGGAGCAGUUUGUAGCAGCCUUACAAAUGCUCAUACAUGAAAUCGAUUCGAUAUUAUCAACUUAUGGAGUGCCAACCUAUCGAGCAAGUGCUGCAAUAGCCAAUAUUCGAGAUGCGGUAUCGCAAUUAUCAUCUAAUCCUCGUGAACCAAUCCAAAUGCAUAAUUGUAUUCAGCGUAUUGUCGAGCAAGUAUUGUGCUCGUAUAGGAAUGCAGAACUUCAGCAGCAUCAUUUAACGCCUCCGGAAAUAGAUUGGAAUCGAAGAUUAAAAGAUGUUUUUCUCCAAGUUUGUCGUAUUCUUCUUACGCAAAUACCAUUGGGUGAUUUGGCUCGUCGCAUCACUCGAGUAAUUGUGGAUUGCCGAUUGGAUUACCGAUUUAAUGUUGAUGCUAUGGAUUUACUUGCAAAGCAUAUGCUGAUUCAAAUGAAUGUAUAUGACCAGAAUUUAGCUAUGUUAAUCGAUAGUGGCAGCAAUUUUGAGGCGUUGAUAUUUGCUCAGCGUUUUCUGAAAUUAUUAACCAUAAAUAAUCCAAUGCAUUCACGACAAGCAGUUUCGGAAACAAUGCCACUGACGAUGGAGCAGCUAGCAAAAGCUCAGCAGUUUGGGCAGAACAGACCUACCCCUGAAAGUUUUACAACAACAACAGUAGCACUUGCUAGCGACGUUACAAUUAUCGGCUCUCGAAACCUUACCUCUCUUCCACCGCCUGCAACUGUUGCUGAUCGCAUGCAUAGCAAUUUACCAGGAUCACUAACCUCAUCGUUGCCACCAUCUGUUUCUGUAGGAAACGGCUCACAUUUACGUAACGAAAACGUGGAUGAUGCUUCCGAAUUGCAGAGUAAAGUAGAAAUGAUAUUGAGGGAAUGGAUUCAACUUUGUUACACACCACAAGCACAGAAAGAACCUCAGCAAGCUUUAGCACAGAUUGUUCAUGUGAUGCAUGAGCAAGGUGUUAUAUCAACAGAUGAAAUGAUCACACGGUUUUUCCGUUUGUGCACUGAAAUGUGCGUUGAUGUAUCAUAUCGACUAAUUAAAAACGAUGCCAAUGGCCAUCACACAACAGUUGUGAGACAGAGAUGUUAUUACACACUAGAUGCUUUUGUCAGACUUACAUGUUUAAUGAUUAAACAUAGUGAUGGAAGCCAAUAUCAAACGAAAAUCAAUUUAUUGAAGAAAGUUUUGAAUAUCAUCACUAAUGUGUUGCAUUUGGACCAUGAGGUUCGUGGCACUGAUUUUCAUGCAAUGCCUUAUCAACGGAUUUUUGUCAUCAUGUUCUGUGAAUUGACUGCUCCAGACCCAACGUUGGAUGUAAUUUCGUGGCAUAUUUUAGAGGCCUUUGGGCAGGCUUUAUUUCUCUUACAACCAAGACGAGUUCCUGGUUUUGCAUAUGCAUGGCUGGAUAUCAUUGGACACAGGAAUUUCAUUGGACGAUUACUAAAGGAAAGUGCAGAACCUAUGAAAACAUCUGCUAUGUAUACACAAUUGAUCAUUUGCCAUCUAAAAUUUCUUACUCCCUUUCUCCGUAAUAUUCAACUUCCCAAGUCUAUCGCCAUGAUGUACAAAGGUACUCUUCGCGUUUUGUUGGUGAUCUUGCAUGAUUUCCCAGAAUUACUUUGUGAAUAUCACAUAAUUAUUUGUGAUACUAUACCACCCAAUUGUGUACAAUUGCGAAAUCUUGUGCUUAGUGCUUAUCCAAAAAAUAUGAGACUGCCAGAUCCAUUCGGUUUAAAUCUGAAGGUUGAUAACCUACUAGAAAUGACUCAAGAACCUAAGAUGAAUAUCAAUAUGGCAGCAAUCAUUCCCCCUGAACUUAAAUCGCAGCUGGAUGAUUAUUUGAUCACGCGCUCAUCUGUUGAUUUUCAUGCUAAUUUGCCAAGCCUGUUGCAGGUUAGUAACAUCCCAGGUUCCAAAUAUAAUACAACAGUAAUGAACGCUAUUGUCAUAUAUGUCGGGAUACGUGCCAUUCAAGCGAUUCAAGAAAAGCAGCAGUGUAUUACUAUGACUACAAUUGCGCACACUGCAUAUAUGGAUAUUUUUCAGAAUUUAACAGUGAGCUUGUGCUCUGAAGGACGGUAUUUGCUAUUCAAUGCUAUAGCCAAUCAGCUGCGUUACCCUAAUAGUCAUACUCAUUAUUUUAGUUGCACUCUGUUGUACUUAUUUUUGGAAGCAAAUACUGAAGUAAUACAAGAACAAAUUACACGAAUUUUGUUUGAACGCUUGGUUGCUCUACGUCCUCAUCCAUGGGGUUUACUGAUAACAUUUAUUGAAUUAAUCAAAAACCCCACUUAUGGCUUUUGGAAACACGAAUUUGUUCGAUGUGCUCCAGAAAUCGAUAGGCUUUUUCAAAGUGUUGCAAACUCAUGCAUUACAUCAAAUUCGCGGCAUGUAAAUAUGAGUGCACCUCAUGCCUCACAGUUACCGACACGCAGUAGCCCUCAAGCUAUACAAAAUGUUCAAUAAAA